AUGUCGGCCAAUGAUACUAGUUCUGUCUACGAGGAACCCAUUGAAAUUCCAUUAGACAACGAUGAAGAAGAUGAUAAUAUGGAUAGUAUGGUUGAGGACAAUGCGAAUGGAAAGGAGCAAUCAUCUCAGAAUGCGGUAGGUUCGGGUUCUACAUCCCAUGACGAUGAGGACGAGGAGGAGGAAGAACAUGACCACGAGGAAGAAGAAGAUCAAGACGAUGAAGAGGAUGAUGACGACUCGAAAGAAUUAAUAACAACAUCUGGCACUGCAACUCCAACAAGGACCUUAACCCCCAUGGGUAGCGCCAAUGGUAAGACUACUAAGGAAGAGGGACCGCAAAAGAAAGUUCAAAAAGUCGAACCAAAUAAAGUUCCAUUAGGGAAGAAAGUUCCCUUACAUUUAUUGGAAAAACGUAGAUUGGGUAGAAUUAAAGCUGCCAAAGAAUUUGCUAAGAAAUUGAAGGAAAUUGGAAUUGAAAAAGUGGAAUCUGUACCUGUCCCAAUGACAGGUAUGUUCCAACCAUUAUUGUUAAUCAACCAAAAAAAUUAUUCCUCUGAUUAUUUAAGGAAAGAUGAACAAAUCUUUGCUCUGAGGGAGAGGAAAACAUUACGAAGUAACACCACUCAAAAUAUCUCUUCAAGCAAUACCCCAGAAGUUACUGAUUUACAAUCAGUUAGAGAAACUUCAAAUUUUACAACAGCAAAUGGUAAUAAUGAUGAAAUUUUAUUAAAUGAUCCAAAUACCACAAUUGUUAUACAUCCAGGAUCAAGUUUUCUCAAAGUUGGAUUUGCAUUAGAUGAAGUACCAGAACUAAUACCAAACUGUGUAGCUCUUCCGAAAACUGAUUUUAACAAUACCAAUAUCAUCAAAUCGAAACAAACUAGUGUUAACAUUGAAGACAAUGAAAAAUUUGAAUCUCUUAAAGCUGAAAUGGAAGAAAGCUUUGAAGAAAGAAUGAGAUAUUAUAAGAGAAGAAUACAACCAAAUGGCCAUGAUCAAGUUGUUUCUUUCAAUAGACUUUCUAAGCCAGAAAGUCUUCCUGUACAAAAUGAUCCAGCUCAUAUUGAUUGGAUAACAGACGGAACGAAACGUUUUUAUGGUGAUGACGCACUCCGUUGCACUGAUGAAAACUUCAUCAAGAGAUAUCCUUUUAAAAAAGGUGGUUCAUUUAAUACAUCGUCAAACUCAUAUAAAUCAUUACAAGAUCUUCUGUCCGAUGUGGUAGGCUUAAUAGAAGGUACUCUUUCUUCAGAUAAAUUCAAUAUAAAGUCGUCUCAGUUUUCACAAUACAAGGUCGUAUUAGUGAUCCCAGAUUCCUUUGAAAAGAGUCACGUAGAACUAUUCAUAAGGUUAUUGGUUACUGAAUUACAGUUUCAAGCAGUGGCCAUUAUUCAAGAAUCGUUAUCAGUUUGUUACGGAUCUGGCCUUGGUGGAUCCACUUGCGUGGUUAAUGUCGGCUCAAAAGAAACUACUGUCGCAUGUGUAGAUGAGGGAAUUGUUUUAGACAAUAGUCUGAUUACUUUAGACUACGGUAGUAAUGAUGUAACCAAACUUUUUGCGAAAUUCUUAUUAGAUUGCGAUUUCCCGUAUAAGAAUUGGGACUUAAAUUCUACUGAGGGUUGGAGGCUUGCAGAAGAAUUGAUGAAGCAAUGUGUCACAUUCCAGGAUGCUGAUAUUACUGUGCAAUUAUCUAAUUUUAUUAAAAGGACUCCACGUGGUAAUACAGUUGAAAAACUUGACUUCAAAGUGUUUGAAGAAGUUAUGCUGGCUCCUUUAGCAUUAUUUUAUCCCGAAAUAUUUAAAUUAUUAAGGUCAAAAGAAUCGGAGGAACAGAAUGCUGAAUUAGAGUAUCAAUUGCCACCUUCCAGAGAUAUAUUUACAGAUAAAAUAAACGAUUGGAGGUCUCUUUCACAGAAUGACUGUAUCAAUCAUCAAACUUUCUGUGAUAUCCAUGACGAGUACGAAUUAUUAAAGAAAGCAGUAGAUUGUCCAAAUACUUUGGAAACUUUUAUGGACAACCCUCCAGAAGAGAAAAAGUCGACAUUUAAUUUUACCCCUUUAGAUAAGGCAAUCGUUGAAAGUAUAACUACAGCAAGUCUUGGAUUAGAUGUCUCAAAGAUGGCAACUUUCUAUUCCAAUAUUUUGGUUGUAGGAGGUGGGUCUAAAAUUCCUGGCUUUGAUCUGAUGUUAAUGGAUAGAGUUAAUAUAUGGAGGCCCAGAUUACUAAGCUUGCGUGCAUUUACACAUUUCUACAGAGAACUUACAAAACAACUCAAAGAACUGCAGUCGCUCAAAACAGGAGACGGAGAAGAAGAAAUCAAAGAGGAUGAAUUAAAUGAGAAAAUCAGUGAAUUGAUCAAGACUGAAUUAACGAAAUAUUUAGAGGUUAUAGAGCAACAAAGUGGUAAUGAACAUUUCUUACCUGUCGAAGUUAUACCGUCUCCUAAUGAAAUUGAUCCUGGCUCAAUUGCUUGGAAAGGUGCCAGUGUUUUAGCUCAAAUAAAGCUCGUGGAGGAACUUUUUAUAACGAAUGGUGAUUGGGAUGUCCAUGGAAACAGAAUUUUACAAUACAAGUCAAUAUUGACGUACUGA